ACACAGCUGGAUCCAUACUCCAUCCAAGUUCACACAUGUAGGAAGACCUUAUUCACAUACAACUCAACAUUACAUAUGGAAACUCACCCAUUCACAGCAUACUAUGGUAUUUAUUUCCGGCCAAUAUAUAUGAGGGAAGUGGGGUGUAUCUAAAGUUAAAUAGAUAGAUCAAUACCUAGUUUAAAUUUCUGAGUUCACUUUUAUAUGACUAUAUUCUCUGUUUAUAUUGCUCAAAUUCUAAGUAGAACAGAAGAAAUAUAUCUAGGAACAUACAACAACAACAACAACCCUGUUAAUCAGCAAGCAAAGGAAGUGAUGAGAGUGUGUGGAGAGAAACCUUUACAAAAGCGACCAGAUCAGCUACCUAGACUAGGGAAUUGAACUUUUGCCAUUUAAGGAUGUUAAUUAAUAAAGUAGGUUUAGAAAACUAAAACAGUUGGCAUAAGAACAUGACCAGAUUUGCUUACUGUUUUAAUGGUGUGUUUAUUUGUGUCUAAUUACCAUAUGCAAUGGCCAUGUUUGUGCACACAAAUCCGGUAAUUAAGCACAUGGAAGUUGAGAAGUUGCAUAUUUAAAUGUGAAAUCAUAGCAUCUGUGUUCGAAUUAGUCUAUGUAUUUUUCAUGUGCAGUUGUGUGCCAAAAGUAUAUUUAAAAAAAAAUCUUACAAAGUUUGAUUUUGGUGGGGGAUGGCAUGUACCCAAUCCACUUGUAAUAGUCUUGAUAUUUAAAGGACAUCAUGAGCCAUCCUUAAAGAUUAGACUUCAAGUAUUGACACUCCUGUGUAAUUAUUGGGUCGAAUCUUACUUUUAUAGUCUUGUUAUACAGCAUGCCCCUAUGCAAUCAUGGGAUUAGAAUGGCAGGACGUAGAGUGGGACAACAGAAGAAAUAUUCCUGUAUGUCAUACAGAGGCAAAGUUAAUGGUAACAAACAUGCAGACCUGAUGCAACCAGACUGAUAUAUUUAUCUGACUCUCCUUUGGAUUUAUGAUUGUACUACAUGACGACUCACUCCCAGGAACAGUAACUGAAAUAGUGUCUCUAAACUUUUUGCAUUACAGCUGAUCUGAAAAUGCUAAUUAAAUUUCUUAUGAGAAUUUCUGGUCUUUCAAUCAAAAAAGGAAAACUUCACUGAGAACCAAACACUUCUAACAAGGAAAAAAAAAAUCUUCAAAAUUUGCUACUGUUUUGACAACAAAACUGACUAGCUCUACUUUGCAUAGAGUUGCCUGACAAGGAAAAAUCACUAGGACUGAGCGAUCUUGGGUCCCAAACCUGCCAUUUCUUAUGCUGAGUGUUCUUUUAAAAAGUUGUCACUAUAAGACACUCUCUUGCUGAAAUUUCACCCCAUCGCCAGCAUUGGUUCAGAUCCAGGAGUGGCAGUGAUGGGAAGAAACCGAGUGCAGACAAUGUCCCAGGCAGUCACUGGCUUUUUUUUUUUAAGGCUCUUUGUCAAACCCUGCUCAAAAGGUCUAUGCUGUACGGUGCUUAAAAUGACCACAGCCAUUUGCACCUCAUGUAUUUUUGUUGUCUCAGUAUUGGUAUUGUCGGUAGAGCUGAAUGAGUGCUAACAGUACGAAAUCUUAGGGAAAAUAGACUAGGGGGAUAGAGAAGUCCUUUUUUUAUUUUAUUUUAUUUUUUUGCUACUGACUUUGGCUGGAUGUGAAGUAGAGCUGUAGAUGUAAAUGGCUACAGAGUCCAUCUCCAAUCACCCGUUUCCCCAGCUUUUUCUAUUAUAAGGUGUAAAACAUGAAAUUUGCAAAUUUCAUAAUUGUAUUUGACUGCACUAUCAUAUCGAAAAAAGGUUAAGGUAUUCUACAGCCUUACUAUCAGUUUUGGAGAGUUGGCUAAGCAGUAAGGAUUUUAGAAUUUGCACCCCAGAGAUCUGGUGCUUUGUGAAAGAGAUUAUCAUUGUACUAAUGAUCCUAAAUUGGGAUAUGGCAUGCCCUUUUGAACUGCAUCUAAAUAAUAACUAAUUAUCAAAUGUAGUAUUUUAGGUUGUUUAUUCUGAAAAGAAGCAUAAAAUACCUUAAAUUAACUAGUAAAAAUAUCUUCCAAAUUAUAACAAACAUACCUUGUUAAUUAUAUGGUUAAUUGUGUGAUUAUCAUUAAGGUGAUACUCUGUUUUUCUGUCUAAUCUUUUUUUCUAAAUGUGCUAGGAUUGAUGCUAAUCUUGACCUGGAUUUAUAUUACAUUCCCAGUAAAAAUGAUUGUUUUGCACUGAUUUUUGUAUCACAAACGUAGUACUUGAGGCUCUGAUUCAGGAAACCAUCUCAAUUCAGGAAGAGCACUUAAGCAUGUGCAUUAGUCUCACUGAAGUUGAUGAGACUUAAGCAUAUGUUUUUAAAGUUAAUCAUGUGCUCUCCUGAAGCCAGGUCUUAGAUUGUGUUGUUUUGAAUUCAUGGACUGAAAAGAUGUAACCAGAUGAAGAUAACAAAUCUGCUUGUUCUGUCUUCUAAGGCAAUUUAUAUAUUCUACUUGUCUGUUGUAUUAGUCCUACUUCCAGAUUACUCAAACACAACAUAUUUGAUACUUCCUUUGGAUACAUAACCGUUGGGAUGGAAGGUGCUUGUGAUGGCUGAGGAUGAGGGAACCAAUGGCUUUGUUUACUUAAGCCGUGGAUGAAAUUUCACUUGCAUCAUAAGAUAUACCUUCUCAAAACAUACGAAUUACAAAUCCUUUCUUUUUUUAUUUUAAAGGAGUGAACUGUUUUGGUGGAACUUCAUUGUGCAAUGUGUUUAACCAGGAAGCUAGCUAAUCUUUCUAUCCAUUUGGGAACCCCCAUUGUUAAUGCUGCAUCAUGAAGUAUUUACCCAAUGGAUAUGAGCACAUAUUUUGCUAAUUCUGCAUGCUGACUGACUGGUUAUGUUGAAGAAAUGCUCUGCUCUUCACCUGAAGAGUUCCUUCAAUUUAAACUUGCUGUUGUAAAUCUCUGUUUAUACCAGAAGAUGGCACCAUUGUUGGUGUCUUCCAGGAAAUCUUUAAAUAGAGUAAUGGAUGACUGUCAUAUACAAACCCUCACUGUACCUUAAAGCUUCUGAAGGAAAUUAAAAAUGUAAAUAUGUAUCUGCUGUAUUUCGAAUGCAGAAGUGGAUGAAGCUGAGGUCUUUGAAGAGUCCAGUUUUUUUCUCUCUCAGAUAAAGUAAUCACUUAAAUAUUUAAUAGGGUUUUUUGUCUGAUCAACUCUAUCCAAUAUGGAGCACCCAAAACUGCAUUUGAGGCCUUCAGGAUUUUUAUUGUGUGUGAGGAGCUGAAGCAACCAAGCCAAUAUGCUUCUAAGUACUAUAUAUGAACACUAAAAGUUUGACAACUCUUAGUAGAUAUUGUACAAAGAUCAUUCUUGGUCUUUGCAAACUUAUAUGCUACAUUCCAUAAAAGCAGAUAUAUUAAUUCAUAAACAACUAAUUACAGUCUGCUGCUAUACCACUUUAGGCUGUGAACUAACACAUUUAAGCAGGAGAAGGAAAAGUCGGCUUUGCUAGGUUUGUAAGAUAACUUGUGGUUCUGGUUGAUGGUCUUGAAAAUGUUCUUAAACCAGACUCCUGCAGCAAGUGGUGAAUGUGAAUCACCAAGUGAUAAGUCAUCCUUUUCAGUCCAAAUAGAAUCAGAUCUGCAGCACAGUGUGAUGGGACAGGGUGCUUUCCUUUCAAAUGAAACAUAAAGCUUAUGUUUUUGGUCAUUCAAGAUCUGGAGGCAAGAAGAGAAUGGGGGCCUUGGUCCUGCAGUCUUGCCCAGACUUCAAUUUGAGUAACUACAUUCUUGCUGCUGUUUUAAUUGGCUACAGUAUUUAUUGCCUGUCCCAGGCUUUUAUGUAGUGUUUUACCCCAGAAAUUAGGAUCGCAUGGAUAUAGUUCCUUAAAAUGUUGUGGGAUUCUUCACUCUAAAUAGCGCUUUGAGAGUACAUUGAUAACCCAUGCUUUUUUAAAACCCCUGCCAAACCUGGUAUAUUUGGACUUAAUAUCGGGGGGGAAAGGGUUAUUCAGGGGGAUGUGAUAUUGAAUAGCCUCUGGAAGGUCACUUGCAUCAUAAAAUUGGCCAGGACAAAGCACUGGAGAAUAUGCAAUAAGGAACAAUCCUCGUAAAAAGGAUUCUCAAGACUGGGUCUGGGGCACUUCCUAUAUAUAUUCCCACAGUUGGGCUUUGUAUGUGACUUUCCUGCUUCUUUUGGGUUCUAUAUCUGUCUCCAAAUACUGUUAAACCAUCCCUGUCAGGGUUGGCUUUUAGCUCUUGAUCUUGAAUACAUUUCUAGAGUGUAAUUGAAUUUUUAUGCUUUUGGAGUGCACUAGGUUGCACCAGAGGAGAAGGUAUAUUUGUUUUAAAUGCCCAGGGGAGGAUGCCUUCUAUUUUCUGUACAAAAGAUUUAUUUUCCCCUGUUGCAAAUUAGUCAGUAUCUUGGAGUGGAAUGAGCUUACUUGGGCUACUUCAUGGCUGCCCAAAAAAGGCCAUUAGAGCCUGAAUCCCUAUAUUGAGAAGAGCAAAACUGUGACUGUAAUUAAUUAGCAGAUAACAAAGGGCUCACAAAGCUUGGAGGGGGAAAAUGAUCCCUUGCCUUUAAGGAGUUUGACAAACACUGGACUAGAUGAGAGCAUCCUCCAACACUACCAGAAAACUGAUGUUCAAUUAAAAGUGAAGGGUGUUUGAAUUUUGAACAAAGCUGGUUUUCUCCUAAGUAUUUCUCAACUGGUUGUGUUAAAUACGAAUUUAAAAUAUUGUUCAUGAAACCACUCUUUAUUAUCAUGUUUCACUUAUAUGGCAUCUCUGAUGUCACUGUCCUACCAUUUCCUCUCUCAAUCACUCUCUUCCAAUUAAAAAUCUAAUGCAAAAAAAAAAAAGGCAGAAUUUAAGAAGGAAUUUCCAAGGUGUAAAACAAAACCCAAACACACACCCUUGCCAGGCUUUUGCAUCAUAAAGAUGUAAAAAAAGAAGCUCAAAAAAUCCCCCCAACCCAAUUAUUUCUUCCUCUGCAGGCAACCUUCAGCAUUUUCCUAUUACUAUAACUAGCAGAAUCGUGGACCUUUACUCAUAUGUAUACAAAGCAGCUGUAAUCUCUCCCUAUUUAGAGGUAACUCUAGCUAUAUCUUUUAUCUGUUCUUCAGUGGUGUUUGAUACAGGAGCUACACCAAAGCACUUCCUUGCAUACACAAACCAGAGAUUAGGUUUCACCUGAUUUAAGAGACUGUCAACCAGACAAAAGCUCCUAGGUUACCUGGCCCACUCCUACUAAAUUAUUGAAGUGUCUCUUCUAGCUGAAUGUAUACACUGAGUAAUUAGUCAGUAGAAAGCUGACACUGAUGAAUAUUGCAUCUCUUUUCUGUUUUAAAGAAAUCUGUUUGUAUAACCAAUACAGAGUAAACAUUUGGAAUUACUAUGGCCAUCACCUAGGAAAUAUUCCAGGCUUAUUUUGAAUAUGAUCAUAUUUAGCAUACUUUGCACUCAUAGUGCUUUACAAGCAAGUCCAAACCCCCUGGUAAAUUUACCUUAGGUAGAUAGCAUUAUCUCCAAUUUACAGAUGGGUAAACUGAAGCACAGAAAUAGUGGCUUGCUUGAAGGUGCUGGGAGUCAGUGACAAAGCUGGAAGUAGAACUUUGGAAUCUUGUAUUCCAGUUUUAAACUCUAAUUCAGUGAUACUCAGACUGAGGCUCGGGAGCCAUGAAUAGCUCUUUAAUGUGUCUCAUUUGGCUCUUUGCAGCACAUUAUCUUAAAGUUAGUAACCAAUCAGGAUGCUUUUAUUAUUUUAUUACCAAUUCAGUUAUCAACUUGCACUAAGUUAUUAACUUCUUUGCUGUGAGAAUAAUAUGUAUAUAUAAAAACUAAAUAUUUCCCCAGUCAUACUGUUUAAAUAAGAAUAGUACUAUUGUUUUAUUUACUAUGAAUUCACACUACUGUGGCUCUUGGGUAACAUUGGUUGCUAAUUUGGUUCCUGAACCACUGAGGUCUGAGUGUUACUGCUCUAAUUAUUGGUCUCCACUGCCUACCGGAGCUGGGCCUACUCUAUCAGUGAAGCUGCUUUGGUGCACUAUAACCUGUAACGCUUGUAGCCAUAUAUUAGACAACUUGCAUGAUGUGCUGCAAUGCUUAACUCUAAAUGUGGCUAUUUUAUACUGAUCCUGUUUUCCAAGUGCCUUGGCUCCAUCCCUCAGGAGCUUAGAACCUUUGCUUUGCUUAUCCGUAUAUGGAAGGUGACCCACAUUAAUGCCAAGAAGCUAUUUAGCAACUGAUCAUCAAAACCAUUACAACCAACUGACCUUAAAGUGUGGCCAACAUCACUUCAUUUUUUUGAUCUUGGCAGGGGAAGGGCAGUAGCAGCUUCCAUUAUUGUAAUGGCUGCCAAGGUCCCCUUUGCUGGAGCAAACAGCAAUAGCAUUGCCCUGGAUUGGAUUAUGCUCAAAUGGGGCUUAUCUAGAAAUGAGACUGCAUGCUUUUUCAGCUCCUGUUUUGCUCUGCGGUAGGACAGAGGGAUACACUCCACUCUGCUAACCUCUCUCACAUUUGGCGUGUGCAAAGAUGAUAUUCUGUCAUCUUGGAUAUUGCUAUGGGCUCAGUUUAAAAGCCUACAUAAUAAAAAAAAAAUGGGUGUAAACAAGUAUUUAUUUGCCUGUUAUGUAAUAAUUAUUAAACGCGAGCUUUUAAAAUCUAAAAUUAUGUCACAAUUAUUUCUGCCUUUCUUUAUUCUGCAUAUUUCCCAGCUCACACAAUGUAAAUCAAUGGAUGUAGAAUUUCUAGCACUGGAAGGAAAUGUUAACUUGUCUUCAAAUAACUGUUUCCACUGGUUUUUUGUUUGUGUUGGGGUUGAUAUUUUGUUUUUGGCUUUUUAUUUUAAGGUGGAAACAUUUGUUAUUUUCAGUGUUUUAUAAAAGUUUGGGUUACAAAAUCUAAAUCUUUGGCUGUUAGUUUACAGCCUCCUGUAAGAUACUAGGAAAGAUACUAGGGAGCAGAGUAAGGCAGUUUGGGUAAAAUAAGAUGUGGCUUGGAGAGGUAAAUUCACCAGUUACACCUGCAGAGAAGUCAGUGGAAUUACACUAGUAGAGAAUCUGGCCCUCAAAUGCCAGUUAACCCCCUCAACUCUCCAUCCCAAACUUAUUUUCAAAUCCUUAAACUUCUGGCAACUUUCUGUGUACACAUAAGGUCCCGUAAUUUUAUUACCAAAACUUGAACCAAACCAUUAUCUUUUCACUCCAACAUAAAUUCCAGAAGGUCAAGAUAGAAUUCAGACCCCAAAAACUGAACCAGACCUACAAAUACAGAUCUUUCUUGGGGCAGGUAAAGCAGUUUAGCUCAUUCAAAAGAGGGACUUGAUAUACACGAGUUAUAUAUGCACAGUGCUUCAUAAUAUAAUGUACAUCUCUGUCUAUCUAAUUCUUGAAAUAUAAAAGAAAUGAAAGAGAGACGGCAGAUAAGAAAGACAAAGAUUAUAUAGAGGGAUGGGGUGGAAGAGAUCAAUAGAGAGAAUUGCUUAAGAAAAUCUGUUUCAUUGGAGCCUUCUACUAAGCCCUGGUUGGGCUUGGGUCCUUGAGAGGCUAUUAAGAUAUUUGGUCCGUAUGACAGUCUGAGUCACAUUCAAGACUGACAUAGGUCCAUCAUCACAAUGGUCUGGCCUAGCUUAUCCACCUCACUACCUUUCUUUGGUGAUGCUGUUGCCAUGACCAGCACCAUUGGGAAGACAAGAGUAAAGAUGGUGUACUAACCGCUGCCAACUCCUCUUCUAACUAUGGCUCUGCUAGGAGAGAAGAUUCCCAAUAGCUGCCUCUCCAUCAGUGAGUCCUACCAGAAUGUACUAGCUACCAUCCUACUCUUGUUGGGGCUCCUUGCCUUACUGGAUAAUGCCAUCAAAAUUGCUCUCCUGGUCUGGAUUUACCUGUGUCAGUUUCUGAAGAGAAUCUUCCACUAUUUCAUCACCAAAGCCUACGGAUGGAUCAAGGCACUAACAGCCAUUUCCUGCAGCAAGAAAUCCAGCAGCUGGAAGGAGCUGGUUCUGACCAAAGGCCACAGGAAUAUCUCCAUGUUGCACUUCCACUGCACUCUGGAUCCUCUGAGGCUAACCGUGAACAUGAAUAACCUAAAUGGGCCGAAAAGCCACUGUCCCCAGGGUCAUAGGAAGGGCAAGGGUUACCAUGGUUCCUGGCCAACCCAUCAAGACACGGAUGAUGAGAAAGCCAGUUGGUAUGGGCACCAGCAGCAACACCGUCAGGUGAACAACCGGCCUAACCCCGGUCAACGUUACCAUGACUGGGAGAGUCAGUCCAGCUCCCGUCACUCAGACAGUGACAGUCCGCAGCCAGUGUGCCCGGCCGGAUCCACUGUGUCAUCAGUGCGUUUUCACAUCAGCACCCCAGAGCAGGUUGCCAAGGCCAGAGGCAGCUUGGUUGACUGGGGUAUUUACAUACACAACCCACAGAGGGUCACUGGGGUUAAAGAGCUUGGCCUGGACAGUGCAGGAGAAGCUACGCAACUGCAGAGUUCCCUGCAUCAAUCUGCUGUUCCAAACACAGAAGGACCCAUCGGCCUCCAUUCAGAGUGCUCUGCUGUGCACAUUCACCCCCAAGUCAGUGAGGCACACUUCAUACCCAGCCCAAUCUUCCCAGGCCCUAAGCGGGUAGUGUACUCUGCCCUGGCUCCCACCCCAGAGUCCAGAACCUGUCUCAACAAUGAUUACCACCACCCAGUGUCCCAGGCAUAUCAUCAGAGGAGUCCUGAGCACCAUCCUGGGACUGAAUUUCACCAGUGCUUGCCACUUGUCCAGCGAGCCGAAGUCUACAUCUAUCUUGUCAACCCACCGCCUCCCAGCCCAGAGUGCACCACUGAACGGUCCACCCACCCCUUUUCAGCAUCUCACACCAUCUUGGUCAAGGACACAUUGGCAAACCGGGUAUCUGUUGGCCACACCUGGGAAAGUUCCAACCAAGGCCCAACAGGGCAGAUUAUCUGUGACACCCACACACAACGCAAGAGUAUCUGGGAGAGAAAACACCAAGCUAGCACUCUGCAGUUGAGCCCAGACUAUGAGAAGCUGGCAAGAAGCAGUGAUGGUGCCAACCUGAUCCACAAUCCACCUCUCCUGGCAGACACGACAAGAGGAGGUUCUGAAACAGCACCACCCAACAUUAGCAAUUGAAGGUACCAUACAACUGGAUUUACCACCCAGCUGACUUCAAUUCCUGGCAUGGAUAAGAUUCGGAUGCCUGGUGAACCCUGGGGGACCUGAACUAGGUGGGUGGGAAUAGUACAAAUGGCAUUCUCUGCUAUUUUGUGGUACUCUCAGGACGUGCUGGGUUCAAUAAACAGCAAAUCACAAAGCUCCUAGUUACGCAGAUUCUCUAUAGUGACAGCUGGGGGUGUGGGAAGAGCCCAGGUGGCAUGGCUUCUGCAUAUAAGAAGCCGCAAUUCACUUGUACAUUUUGACCCCACCCAGGUGUCCUAGGUAUGCAUUGCAAUUCAGUCUCUGUGGCAGGAAUGCUCAAAUGAGUUUGAGCUCUGUGAUUUCUCCUCUAGGUAUUAAUUUUGGGCACAUAACUGUCGUCUCUCACCUCCCCGCCGCCGAUUUAAAAACACUUUUUAUAGUUUGUUAUUUUUAUUAAGUGGUUUACACCAGAAGGUGUGGUUAGAGAUACAGUUGGUGAGUAAAUAUACAUGGAAACCUGCCUACAAACCCAAUUCAGGACCUACCUAAGUGCUCAGAGAUAAAAACACCUAAGCCUAGAUAAAAGGCCAGAGGAGGAAUGUUUACAGGCAUAAAGCACAAUAUAUGUUUAGUAGGUAUAAUAAAAUGUGUCUCUGGUCUUGGCACAAAUGAGAAACUUCCUGCAGACCAUCUUGGGAUCAAGAAUAGAAAUAGCCAUUCUGAUGAAGACUCCAGUUCUCAUCCCCAUCCCAUACCAUCCUGGGAAACCGGUGUAAAGCAUGCUCAUGGGGUAUCAGAGUUUGAGAAGCGUGCCUUACACGUGCCCUUCCUAUCUAGGGAUGUCACUCCUGUCAGUCUCUCAGUUACCUACAUUCCGCACAAAUUUCAUGUCCCCUUACUUUUUAUUGAUGAAAAUUAUUUACAUCAUUAAAAAUAAGCAAUCAUGGAACUCAGAUGAAAAGCUGUUUACACGGCACUGAAUCCUGCAGCAUGUAUGUAUAAUUUAAGUUUCAUGUAUGUAUAAUUUUUGUGCUCCUCUUCGAAGGUCUUUAUUAUCUAUUGCAUCCAAUAUAUGGACCUUGGCAGGCUGAGAGCUUUGGUGAGAGGAGCCUGGCUUGCUGUGGAAGCAUUUUGUAUGACCUGCCAUUGCAGUUUGAACUCAGGGGAUCCUUUGCAAUACCUGCUCUAAAUAGGCUGCAAGCAGAGUACUUCUGUGGUCUAACAAGUGCUCACAAGAGCUGGGCUUGGCACAUCUUAAUGAGUUUGCAACAGAGGGCAUGCCUCCCAGCCCAAGUAGCCAAAUACACACUAGCUCCGCUUGAGCUAGCAUGCUAAAAAUAGCAGUGUGGAUGUUGCAGCACCAGUGUACAUCUGAGUACAAGCCCACCUGAACCCCUGGGUCUGUACUGGGGUUGAUAGCCCAUGCUGCAACAUAGAAUCAUAGGACUAUAAGGGACCUUGAGAGGUCAUCUAGUCUAGUCCCUGGCACUCAUAGCAGGACUAAAUAUUAUCUAGACC